AUGAGAGACAAGGAGAUGAUAUCGCAGGAGGUCGGCCUCGAUGCGACCGCCCAAGAUGACUGGGACAUGCAGCGUCUGGGCAAGACACAGCAGUUCAAGAGAAAUUUCCGAUUUUAUUCGAUUUUGGGAUUCACGACGACGUUGAUGGCCACAUGGGAGUCUAUUCUAUUAACGAGUACCUAUGGUCUUAUCGAUGGUGGAAAAGCGGGCAUGAUCUAUGUAUACAUUGCUUCGUUUGUGGGCUUUUUCGCCGCGGUCGUGUCCAUGGCUGAAAUCGCGUCGAUCUCGCCAACAUCCGGUGGACAGUACCACUGGGUCAGUGAAUUUGCUUGGCCCAGGUACCAGCGAUUCUUGAGUUAUCUCACCGGAUGGCUGUCGGUUCUGGGAUGGCAGGCCGCUUUUGCGAGUAUCUGCUACCUAUGCGGUACCUUGAUCCAGGGAUUACUGGUCUUCAACUACUCAGAUCCCUCCGGCUGGGUGUAUGGAUAUGAGCGCUGGCACGGUACUCUGCUGACCAUCGCCAUCGCCGCUGUCGGAACUAUUGUCAAUACUUGGGGCUACAAGAUUCUCCCUCCCAUGGAGGGUCUCAUCCUCGCUAUUCAUCUCGGUGGAUUUGUCGCUGUUCUCGUUUUGAUGUGGGCGAUGUCCCCCGGGCAGGCCUCUGGUGAAUCGGUCUGGAAGGAAUUCACCAACUCUGGUGGAUGGUCGAGUAUAGGACUGGCAUGUUUGGUUGGCCAGCUUACUCCCAUUUUCUCCUGGACAGGCCCGGAUGCCGCUACCCAUAUGUCUGAGGAGAUCCAGAACGCCGCCUUGAUUGUGCCGUGGUGCAUGGUUUCAACCGCUCUGAUCAACGGUGCCCUCGGUUUCAUCAUGUUGGUCACUCUUCUAUACAACAUGGGUCCCUUGACAGACGCCAUCCUCGAACCCGCCAGCGGAUUUUCUUUCCUGCCCGCAGUCCAACGCGCUACCGGUUCUAUUCCUGCCACCAACGGUGUGGCCGCCAUCAUCCUCGUCCUCGAAGUCUGCAGUGCAAUCGGAAUUCUUGCAACCGUCUCCCGUCAGACCUUUGCUUUCGCCCGUGACGACGCCCUGCCAUUCUCCAAGCAGCUUGCACACGUGAACCGACGAACCCAGAUCCCCGUUUGCUCGGUGCUGGUCUCGACCAUCAUCACCGUGCUACUGAGCUUGAUCAACAUCGGAUCUACGGCCGCGUUCAACGCCGUCGCAUCCGUCAUGAUUGCUGCUCUCUUCACGACAUAUAUUCUGCCAAUCGCCGCGGUCAUCCGGGUUCGUUUCCAACCGGGCGGUAUCCCACCAGCACGCUUCUCGCUCGGCUCAUUCGGGUUGGCUAUCAAUGUCUUCUCCCUUGCAUGGCUUUGCUUUGCCAUUAUCUUCACCUUCUUCCCCACUGCUAACAACCCAACACCUGUGGAUAUGAAUUGGUCUAUCCUGGUCUUUGGUGCUGUGGUCAUUUUCGCUAUUAUUCUAUACAUUCUUCAUGGUCGCCGUGUUUACAGGGCACCUGUGACUCAGGUUCGGAAGGUUGACUAA